UGAAGCAAUGAAGAUAAAGCCGACUGUUGACAACCGUCACAAAUUCUACACCUCCCAGCCCAAUCAAUAUUUACAUUCUUGGAUAAUAGAAGUCUAAAUUAAAAUUUCAGAAUAGUGAUGGUGUUUCUUGACGGAAAACAAGCUGCCGAUGCUAAAUCGGCAGAAAGUUCUAACGAGGAAGAAGAAAAUUUAUGGAUAGACAUACUAAACCAAGUCCAAGAAAGCUCACCAAACAAAUUGCCAUCAUGUAAAUCGUUGCUUGUCUUGGGCGAUAAUGAAUCAGGUAAAACGUCACUUAUUGCAAAAUUAGAAGGUAAUGAAGAUGCUCGGAAAUCUGGCUCUGGACUUGAAUACCAUUACCUUUUUGUUCGCGAUGAAUAUCGUGACGAUCACACCAGGUUAGGCGUAUGGGUAUUGGAUGGUGAUCCCUGGCACAGAAAUCUUUUGAAAUAUGUUUUAAAUCAAGAUACCUUUCCCCAUACCACUGUAAUUAUUACAGCUUCCAUGUCUAAGCCAUGGGAUAUUUUGGAAUCCCUUCAAAACUGGGCACAAAUAAUCGAAGAGCAUGUGCAGAGGUUGAGACUGCCACAAGAGUUUCUGGCAGAGCAAAGGAAGCGUGUUUUGAAGCGAUUUUGUGAGUAUACGGAACCCGGGAAUGAGAUUCUUGAUGGCGUAUCAACACCUGUGCGUCCUGUUCAACCCCAAGGCGAAGAUAUAAUUUUUGAUGAAGAAAUUAAGACGAAUCUUGGCCUUGAGAUAAUAGUAGUUAUUACAAAGUCCGAUUACAUGUCGACUCUUCAGAAAGAGUUUGAUUUCAGAGAAGAACAUUUUGACUAUAUCCAGCUAGCUAUUAGGAAUUUUUGCAAGGAAUAUGGUGCUGCUCUUUUCUAUGUUUCAGUAAAGGAAGAUAAGAAUAUCGAUUUAUUCUUAAAGUACUUGGUCCAUAGAAUAUAUUCAUUUCCUUUUAGAACCCCAGCUUUGGUUGUUGAAAAAGAUGCCGUAUUCAUACCUUCCGGAUGGGACAAUGAAGGUAAAAUUAACAUACUGGUGGACAACCUUUCAUCGAUUAAAGCGGAUGAUCCUUACCACGAAGUAAUUGUGAAACCAGUUAAUAGGAAGCCUCUGCAAAAAGAAGUUGAGGUAGCGGCUGAAGAAGAUGAAGCUUUUCUUUGCAGGCUGCAAAAUCUUCUAAAUCAGCAAGUUCCAUCAAACAUCGGAAGACCCGCUGUAGGAAAUCAAGAAACGCCAAUUAGAGCACCAGCUGGAAUACAGAAAACAGCAGACCGUAGACUUUCUGGUUCCCCUGGCGUUCAAGCGUCUCCAAAAAAGAUUGAGGGCAAGCCUGGAACUGUUGGAGGAGAGGGUGUUUUACAAAACUUUUUCAACAGUUUACUCAAUAGAAGAACGGGUACGCCAAUUGGCGGGCCCUUGGCAUCUGUCCGGACUCCUGGUGAUAAAGUUACUGUGAGACACGAUGCCGCUGCUGAACUUGAUCGUAUGUCUGGUAAAUCGAGAAAAGAUUCUAGUUUGAGUCAAGGCUCUGAAUCCUCUUUUGGAGAAGAUAGCUUGAAUGAUUCAUCAAACUCUCCUCAAUCUUAGUUAUUGUGUGGAGUUGUAAAACUUCAAUUAAAUUUUGAAUUGUUAGUUUAUAAUUCAGUUGCUGAGUAACCAACCUAGUGUGAUUAUCAAAAAUAUAAAUUUAUUUUACAAAUAUAAUUAACUAAUCAGAUUCUUUAAAAAAGCUUAUUUGUUCGCAAAUCUAUAAUUGACAAUAUGUUUAUCGAUAUUAUUUAUGCAAAUGAAUUGAAAUUUAUAUCACCAAGCAUUUUCUAAUUGUCUCUAUAGUUGACUGUGAACAAACUAGUAUAAUUAUCUUUACUAAUAUUGAUAUUUCCUGUAAAUAUAUGGCAAUUUUUAUGAAGAACGUUUAUAAGUAUUCUUAUAUUUUUGCAUAAUGCUUCUGGGAGCGAAGAUUUUUACUAAAAUGUUUUGACUUUCAAUAAAAGCUUGCUUAUUCAGAGCUUUGCUUAAGAGACAGUUAAUACUCACAUCAAUUUUAUUUAUAUUGGUUCAUUGUGUUUACCUCUUUAAUCCUUAUUGUUUGUACAUAAAUUUUCGUAGUUUCUAAGAUCGCUUAGAGGUUGGUGAAAUUUAAAUGUAUUUAGCUAAUGUUUUAUGUGUGCAACAAAAUGUCCAUUUUAUAAAAUUGUUUAAAAAUUUCCCAUAAAAUUAUAAAUUCAUAAAUUGCAUAUUUAUUUCAUUUUAAAUUCUAAUAUUCAGAUCAGAGUUAAGAUUAUAACUUUUUUUUAAAAGAUAAAAAAAAUGUUUUGAGAUUGCUGUAAUGUUAUUUUAACAUAUUGAGUUGAAAUUUUACAUAUGUAUAAAAUAAAUGUACAAAUUAAAAAUUAUUAUGAACCUGUUCAUUUAUAUUUUUAAGUAUAUUUUAUAAAUUUAAUUUUUUUGGUACUAUAUUUGAAAACUUUAUUCAUAUAAACUAAAUUUUAGCAAUAAUAAAAUCUAUUCUUGUUUUAAAAUUGUUUCUUUUUUUUCUGGUUUGUAGUGCUUAAAUAGAACAGAUUUUUACUAAAUGUCUCGAGUUUAUUUUAGUCUUGCAUCUUUUAGCUUUAAUUAAAAAAAUAGAAUUUUUGAAAAUAAUUGAAAAAGAUGCAGGUCAUGGUCAUACGAUUUUGGUUUAAAGAUAAGUCUAAUAUUAAAAAUCAUGUGUUUCUCAAUGUCAACGAAUUUGCUUUAAUAAACUAACACACAAAAUGUUCCUUUACUCAAAAGAAAAAAAAGGAGUUUCUGCAUUCUUUUAGAAAAAUUGGCUAAAAUAAGAAAAUUCAAUACUUUUUUUUCGAAAAACGAAAUUAAUGUAAUAUGUCAACUAUGAAAAGGCUGUUGAUAUAAUGACAUCUCAAGUAAAAGCUAACUUACCAAAUAAAGAUAAUUUUUUAAAAAUUAAAUCCUUUUUCAUUUAAAUUAUAUGUUAAAAUACUGAAAUUGAAAUAAAAUAUUUAAUCUGCUGAAAAAGGAAGUUACAAAUGUAUAAAACAUUUAUUUAUGAAAAUUAUGUAAUAAACUUUAUUUAUAACGUAACAUUUUGUAUUGAGCGUACUUAUGAAAAUACUCAGCCGAGAGUGCUUUGCGUAAAGUUAAAUCCUUAAUUUAUAUCUUAUGUAUGAAUUUUUUCAAGACUGUAGGUAUAUUCAGAGAAAUAAUUGGUGUAAUAUUUUUUUAAGCAUUUGUAUUCAAUUUCACAGUAGGCUGAAUCUAAUUAGACCUUAGUCUUCCUGCAUUAUUUAUACACUUUGAUUUUUAUCGUACCACUGUUGGCAAAAGUUAUCAAAAUUUCAGAAUACUUUGUAUUUUUAACGGCCUACCCGGGAAAAUAAAGAUUCAAGACAUCAAAGACCAUUUUUAGGAAGUUUGUUGCUGAAAUAAAUACGUAUUAUGUAAUGUGAUUUUCCUUGAUUAGAUCUGAUCUUGUAAUUAUAUCUCUUAGGAAAAUAUGGUGAGAUUAUAUCUAUCUAUCUUUAUUUGUAUAAAUUAAACAAAAGGGUAUUUUUUGGUAUAACUUAAAACAAUAUUAAAAUGCAAAACCUGUUAUUUUUUUCAAUACAAUAAAAAAUUUUUUUACUUUUUCAUUUAAAAUGUAAAGAGUAUAGUUUUAAAAAAUAUAUUAAUUGUUGAAAAUUUUAUUUCUUAAUCCACUGGUAGUUUUGACAUUUUCAUUUUUACUGUUUCCAAAUAUUCACACUGUUUUUAUACAUGAGUGGUUCAGACUAAUUUCGUCUCCCCCCCUAGAAUUAAAAAAAACAAUGGUAUGAUGAAUCAUUUUUUUUCCUAUCUAAUUUUAGGUGUGUGUUUCAGCACGAAAAAAAAUAAUCGAUGGCUUUUUCUAUGGGCAGGACAGUUAGUAAGUUGAAGUUAGAGUGAGAUUUUUUUUUAUCCUCCAUUUGGGAGGCUAAAAAAAAUAAAUGGACUUUCUUUGACAGAACUGUCUUUCUAUGUAAAGACUAAACUGUCCUUAGUAUUAAUUCUGAAAAAUAAAAUGAAAUUUAAAAAUUACUACCAGCAACCUUUUUUUUCUUCUUCAAAAUAUUAAAAUUCCUAAUAAUAAUUAAAACAUUCGUGAAAAUUAUGAUCAAAGUAUCUCUAAAUUUCUUCACACUUUCAUCUAAUUAUCUAAGACUGACAGGAACAAUUAUUAAUAAUGUUAAUUUUUGUUUUUGUAAGUUAGCUUUGUAACUUUUGUAAGUAAGCUUUUAACUGUGUAAGUUAAAGCUAACUUUUGUAAGUUAGCUUCGAAAUGAAGAAAUAAAUUUUGCUGCGUUUUGUCUCUACCAUGUAUUCUGUAUAUGUGCAGAAAAAAUUUAUAAAUUUUCUUGUUUUUUUAUACAAUGAAUCAUAAUUAAAAGUUUGUUUUAUGCAUUGUGGUAUUUUCACGUGUCUUACCAUUAUUUAAGCUAAUUAACUAUAAUUAAUGUUAAUAUUAAAUGAUAUGGUAUUUGAUGAAGUUGAUGCUGCUAAACUUAAAACCAAAAUAUAGCAAAAACGCUUUCACCUAAUUCUUUUGUAAGUUUUAAGCUGACAUUUUUCUUUUGUGUAAAUCUAAAAUUAAAUUUAUGUUUAUGAUAUAUUAAUUAAUCUUUUUUUGAACAGGAUAUUCAUGAUUUUAAACAGGGUUUUCUUCAUUAAGCAGUAAAAUUAAAGAACCCGUGAGUUGAUAUCAAUUAUGUUAUAAAAGAUCUUAUAUGUAAGUAUAUCCUAACUUUUAUCUUUAAAUUUGUCCAAAAAAUUGUCUUUAAAUUUGUCCAUCAAAAUUAGUCCAAAACAUUAUUUUAAAUUAAAAUUAAAUAUUUUUUUGAUUGUAACUCAUUUCAAAUUAGCCAUGAAUUUUGAUUCUUUUCACGAAAAUUACUAAUCAAAAUUCAGAUACUUUUUUUUAGUUAAUUAUUAUUAUUUUUUAUUUGUAUAAAUUUUCUAAAUAUUGAUCAACUGGUUGGAGGAUUUUGCAAGAGUUGUUUUAAACGAGUAUUUUUCGAAACAAGUGAUUUUCUUUUAACUGAGUUGUAUGUUUUUAAAGUCUGCAAAUGUAACAUUUGUAAAUGGUAGAAUUGCCUUUUAAUAUAUUCUCUAACGCAGUAAUGGUAUUUUUUUCUGAAUGCUCUUCAAUUGUUUUAUGAAAUCGUAAAUUAAGAAUGUAUGAGAAACCGAUUUGUGAAGCAAAAUAUCAGUAUCUCAAAACUGUAUUUGGUAUCAAAAGUACUGUGAGUUGAUGGGAAUUUGAUUAACCAAAGAUUUACUGAAUUAUUAAUUUUCUUUUUAAUAUGAGGACAGGCAUAAUGUCGUUGAAAGUAAAUAAUUAUAAAUAUUUUUGUAGGGGCCGUUUUAAUAAUGUUUAAAAAGUAAUGCUCCAUCUUUUAAUUUCAUCAUUAGUAUUAAAAAAAUUAUAAAUUGCAGUUUAAGUCUUUUGAAAUAAGUUCGUAAACUUUUUUCUUUUCAUUUUAUAUUUUGUAAUUUUUUCUAAAUCCAUCUGAAAAACAAGAAUGAAUUAUGAACUUAUUUUUUCUAUUCCUCGAGUGAAAUCUGUGUUUUGAAUAUAUUGAAAAGUUAUUUAAGUUUUAAUUUUAAAGGAAAUAAACGUAUAACUAAGCUUUUGAGCAAAAACAUUUCUCAGAAGUGUUGAAAAAUCGACUUAUUAAAUAUAAAUUAUUGAAAAAAUAUAUGUUAAAGUUUUCUGGCUUGAUGUAAAGUUAUAUAAAAUUAUCAAAGCAAUAUGAUACAUUGGUAGCAAAAAACUUUAAUAUUAAUUCUCAUUAGAUAUUUUUUUUUAAUAUUUACAUUGUAUUAUUACCGGAUGGUACCUCCUGCAUAAGUCCUUUGUUUUCUGUUUGCACAGAAAAUGUUGAGACUUGCUAACAAUGGAAUACUUAUUAGAACUCUAUGCUUUGCUAUGCUAUAGCAUUGUCUUUUGAGUUCUAUUACUUUUUGCUAUCAUUUUUUAAUGUUUACUGCACAUUUUCAGAAGAAAAAGAAAUGUUUCUUAAUCAAUUUUACUUCAAUUUUACUUUACUUCAAGUUAGUUUUGAUUUUGUGUAUCAGUUAUAUUAAUGACUUCAUCAGUGUUUGCAUCGAAACUUAUUUAUAAAGGAUUCGUAGCUGAUAUUAAUGGAAUUAUACAAUAUUCCUUAAAUAAAUUUUUAAAAGAUUUGCUACAUAUUUCUCAGUUAAAUUUCUUUAUUAGAAAUACAUUUUUAUAACAACUUUAAUUUUUAUGUGCUAGAUGUAUUAAAUUGUCCAGCAAGAUGUAUAUUUAAAACUAUAUUAGGCAUUUUGGUUAUUUUUUAAAAAAGAGAGAUCUUUUUAUUGAUGAUUCGCUUAACAAUUUUAAAAAAUUGUAUGAAUAGUACCUUAAAAAUUUAUUUUUGCUUAUUAAAAAAUAUUUUGGAUUUUCUAUGCUUUUCAUUUAAUUAAUUGCUCGUGAAUUAACAUGCUAGCCAUGUUUCAUUCGACAAUUGUGAUUUUUUUUUAUUUUAAGGAUAUUUCAAAAUUUUGUAAUGCAGCUAAAGAUGCUUUUUUUAAGCACGUUUUUGUAUUAUCUGUUUGAAAUGCUUGAAUAGAUAUGAAAUUGAUAAUUUAUGAUUGAAUAUAUUGAGUUUGAAAUGUAUUGAUCAUUCUGCUUUAUUACUAAAAUAAAUUUUUCUUAAACAUUUUAAAAAUUAUUAAUGAAAUAGUAUUAGCUUGUUAUAUUUUUAUAUGGUUAUAUAAAUAAUAGUAUAUUUUAAUAGAAUUAAAUUUUGUGUAAAUUAUUGCGGUAAAUUCUUAACUUGUAAGAUUAACUUAAUCAAAAUCUAUUGCGUUUUUACUUCAAUAUUAUUUGUUUGUGUGAAUACCUAGUUUUGUUUAAUUUAUUAUGUUUUAAAUGUGGAUACCCACAAACAUGACAUUUCUUGAAACUUUACCUGUGAUUUUCUAUAUUUUUGGAAUGUGGCAAGUUAUUGCAGGUAUAAUCAAUUAAUAUAUUUAUACCUGUUUAAACUGUUAUAAAAAUGUAAUUGUUAUAAAAAAAUACUUGUAUAUUGCUAAUUGCAAAAUGGAUGAUAAUAAUUUACUUUUAAACUUAGAUGAUUAUUUAUUCUUUCUGUGAUAUGCUACUGUAAAAAGCAUAUGAAAUGUUUUUAUGUUAUACUCAUGUAUACGAGGUAAUAAACAUGAUUGCACUACAGAGGCUAAUGUAUAAAAUAUCCAGUGUUGAUUGCUGACUAACACUUUAACAGUGUAUAUCUGAAAAUAUUUGAAUAUGGUUUGGUUUAAAAGUUUUACUACUUUAACUGUUAUCAGACCUUUUAAUACAGUUCCUCAAUUAAUUUAAAUUGUUAUGCGAUAUUGAGUUUGUAUUUGUAUUUUGUUUGCUUGAAUAAAAUAAUUUUAAAAAUUAA